AUGCUCAAUCCGAAGUGGCAGCCGCAGCGUCAUCUCCCGCUUCUUCUCCUCACCCUGUCCAAAUCAAUCUCGGCUAGCCGCAAGCAUCAAGUCGUCAUCGUCGCGACGACGUCUGCUUCAAAGUCAAGAGCAGAAAAAACCGAGGAGGCUGACGUACUCUUGCGGCAAUUUCGCAACCUCUCCAUUACAGAAACCAUCCAAAAAGAACAACAAGCCAAAAAACCUGUUCUCGAACACAAAUCAUCACGCAAACGACAUGCGGAUAUUGUUCGACUGCUUUUGGCUCGUGUUAGCGAAAAGUUGCGGACUGUUGAUAAGGGCCGUGGACAUAAAGUGGGUAUUCAGAGGGGUGUCAAGGUUGCGUAA